UCUACUUCCCUGGCCAUGCUGUCCCUGGGAGCCCACUCAGCCACCAAGAGGCAAAUCCUCCAGAGCCUUAGCUUCAUGCACAUGCCAGAGCUCACCAUCCACCUGGGCUUCGAGCAACUGGUCCGAUCGCUGAAUGUGUGUCACAAAGACUGGGACUUGUGGAUGGGCAGCUUCAUGAGGAAGGAGCUGCAGCUUCAGGCCAGUUUUCUGGACAGGGCCAAGAGGCUUUAUGUAACAAAUGUCUUUUCUGAAGACUUCUCAAACACUGUCACUUCUCAGGCCAGGAUCAACAGUUAUGUGGAGGAGACCAGAGGGAAGGUGGUAGAUGUCAUCCAAGACCUUGACUCUCAGACAGCCUUGGUCCUGGUGAACCACAUCUUCUUUAAAGCCAACUGGACACAGCCCUUCAGCGCUGCAAACACAAACAAGAGCUUUCCAUUCCUCCUGAGCAAGGGCGGCACUGUGCCUGUCCCCAUGAUUCACCAGACGGAGUUUUUUGCUUUCGGAGUGGACAGAGAGCUGGGCUGCACCAUGCUGCAGAUGGACUACAGGGGCGAUGCCGUGGCUUUCUUCAUCCUCCUGGGCAAGGGCAAGGGCAAGAUGUGGCAUCUGGAGAAGAGUCUGUCAGCCAGGAAGCUGAGAAAGUGGAGCCUCUCACUCCAGAAAAGAUGGGUUGCCAAUGUGCACCUCCCCAAACUGUCCAUCUAUGGGACCUAUAACUUGAAGAAAGUCCUGAGUCCACUGGGCAUCACCCAGGUCUUCAGCAAUCGGGCCGACCUCUCUGGAAUCACAAUUGACGCUCCCCUGACACUCAACAAGGCUGUGCACAAGGCUAUGCUGACCCUCGAUGAGAGAGGGACGGAAGCUGCAGGAGCCACGGUUUUAGAAGCCAUCUCCAUGUCUGUGCCCCCUGACGUGAGCUUUGAGAGACCAUUUGCUGUCAUAAUAUGUGAUAAACACACUCAGAGCCCACUCUUUGUGGGAAAAGUGGUGAAUCCCACACAAUAAUCACCAUUUUCCAAAGCCAUCCUUCCUC